AUGGCGGAGCGCAAGUGUCGCGUGCAGAUGCUUGAUGGGUCAUACCGCACCCUCAACAUCCAGCACAACUUGCAUGGGUCAGAGCUGUUUGACCUGAUCGCAUCACAGUACUCCUUGCAAGAGAAGCAGUACUUUGGCCUGUACUACACCGAUCCAGAGAGUGGCCUCAACAUUUGGCUGGACCUCAAGUCCAAAGUCCUGGAUCAAGUACCAAAAGCCAAGUCGACGCUGCAGCUCACCUUUGCCAUCAAGGUGUACACCGAUGCCAUCACCCAGGUGAAGAAUUUGACAACACAGAAGUUGUUCUUCCAACAAGUGCUGCGGCUCAUCUCCACAGGCAAUUUGUCGUGCGAGAGCGAUGUUGCAUUCACGCUGGCCGCCAUCGCCCUGCAGGCAAUUGAGGGCGAUUUCAUCUCGGAAUCCGCAACCCGUCACCAUCUCGAUGCCAAGAAACUCAUCCCAGACGAGGUUCUCGUUGCGCAGGGCUCAUCGCUGGAGACGUGUGCGUCCAAGGUCUCCGCGGAGUACAAGACACUGAAAGGGAUGGAUGACUCUAGCGCUGUGCUCACCUUCAUGACCAUCGCACAGACCCUCCCCCAGUAUGGCAUGCACUUCUUUGACGUCAAAGACAAGAGCGGUGUUCCCUGGCGUCUGGGCGUCUCUCCUCGUGGCAUCAGCCAGUUUUACUUCUCAAACCCAAACUCCCCGAGACAGGUGUACACGUGGGAUGCCGUGCACAAUGUCACCAACUCCAAGUCCAAGUUUGUCAUUGAGCUGCUCCCUUCACAGGCCGCGUCCCCCGCGCCGCUGCCGUCGCGGUCGACGUCGUUGAGUUUAAGCGGCGGCUCCACCGGUUCGCAGCACUCCGGCCGUCGCAUCACCCUCCUCAAGAGACGAGACGACAGCAGCCGCCCCCUUCGCAUCACAAUCGUGUGGCAAACGCACAACACGCAAUAUGCAAAGACGAUGGUGGCCACGUGUCGGGAGCAGAAGCGACAUUUUAAUGUGUCGUCGCCGACGCCGCGAAAGGGCCGACGGACGAGUGCAGCACACGGCAUGGCGCAGAAGAUUGAGGCCCUUGCGCUGUCAGACAACAAGCUGAUGGCGCCGAGCGCAAAGGAGGUGAAGGUACCAGCAGCGGCCACACGUGUACGCAAGCUGCUAUCGCUGAGCGAAAGCCAAACGAGCACAUCUGGCCUUGUUGUCUCUGUUGCAGAUGACACGACACACGAAGGGCGGGACGAGGCGCACUUGGAGAAGUUGUUGCGGCGGCGGCGACAAAUUGAAUUGGAGAUUGCGCGCAAGGAAAAGUUUCUGGAGCGAUUGGAGAAGGACGAGCGGGAAUACCUGCUGACGCUGAGUGGAGACGCCCUGCACAACAGCAUGUUCCUCGAAGACGAUGAGGAUGAAGACGAUGAAGACGAUGAAGAUGAUGACGAGGAGGGGGAGGAGGAAGGUGCAGGAGUAAUUGAAUUGCGUGAAGAGAGUCAGCACGACACAAAUGAGACCAUUGGGGCAGUCUCGACUGCUGCGACUGCCACCGCCGCCAACGAUGGUGGUGGCGUGGAUGUGCUGCUGCGUGGUGCGAACUUACGCGUUGCCGGGCGCAGGCGUGACAGCGACAUUGCACUCGACAGCUCUGGUGACGAUGAUGAUGAUGACGACGAAGAUGGUGGUGAGUAUGUGUUUGAUGAUGAAGAUGAAGACGAGGAGGAGGUGAAGGACAACAACGACGGCAACGACGACGACGCCGGCAACAUUCAAGAUGGAAGACAUGGGAGUUCGCGUGGCGAUGAUGUAACACAGGUUGCUGCUUCCCCAUCCUCAUCAACAACAACGACAACGUCAUACCCUUCCACUCAGCAACACGAAGCAAUCGCACACCAGCACGCGCCACCAAAGAACAGCAUCAAGCCGUCAUCAUCGCUACCAUUGUCGCCAUCAAGGGAGCGAGCGCGCAGGUCCAACGCAUCGUCAUCGAUUGACUUCCUGCCAGCUCACGUCGCUCCGCUUGCACACAUCCCACGACAUCGCACGGCCGGCAGCAUCGCCUCAGCCACGUCCGCAACCAGCGUACCAUCGUCACGCGCCUCCGUCGCAGGGGACGCCGAUUCGGGUGAUGGUGGUGGUGAUGGUCGCGGCGGUGGUGAUGGUGGCGGUGAUGAUGUGCUUGCGUCGAUGUCGUCGUCAUCGUCCCACUCGCUGCGGCGUCGCACCAGCAACAGCAGCAGACGCAGCAGCGGUCGACGUGGCAAUAGUGUUCGGGGAUCAAGUCGACCGGGGCCGUGGCGCGUCCCCGUAUCCGUUGAUGGCGACCCGGAUGAGGUGGUGUUUCCACUUCAGUCUAUGGACGGCGAUGACGGUGACGGCACGCGCAUCACAUUCGUCUGA